AUGAUUAUUUCAAGGACUUGUAGCAGGGUAGUUGCUAAGGCCUCACGCUCCCAAAUACGCUGCAUCGCAGCUUCACCAAACCUCACUGUUUCUCACGCAACGAAUAAUGUUGGAACUCGACCAUUACACGCUAGACUUGGCCAACGUUCUUCCUUCCAUGUAUCAACCAAGCUAUCACAAGCUAGCAGUCAGGCUCAAACUGAAUUGGACAUGGACAAUGUGCUGAACAAGGAAGAUCCAACUGUAAAAACAUACCAGCCACCACCUAUUCGUGCUGGGAAUCCAAUACCUCAUAUUCCUGACAUGGCUACAUAUCACAAGAUGUAUGAUGAGUCGAUCAAAGACCCAGAUGCGUUUUGGGGGCGUAUGGCCAAAGAAAUGCUAGUCUGGCAACGGCCUUUCGACGUCGUUCGCUCUGGAUCCUACGAAGACGGUGACAUAGCUUGGUUUUCUGGAGGCCAGCUGAAUGCAAGUGUCAAUUGUGUGGAUCGCUGGGCGGUGAAGGACCCAAAUCGAGUCGCCAUCAUAUGGGAAGCAGACGAACCAGGAAAUUCUCAAACCAUCACAUACAAGGAACUCUUGGCUGAAGUUUGUCAAUUUGCCAAUGUGCUGAAAAAGUAUGGUGUCAGGAAGGGAGAUACGGUUGCGAUCUACUUGCCAAUGAUUCCAGAGGCUGCUAUUGCUAUGCUUGCGUGUGCGAGGAUUGGGGCUAUACAUUCUGUCAUUUUCGCUGGUUUCUCGGCCGAAGCACUUCGUGAUCGUAUGCGAGACGCAUCUUGCUCCUUGUUGAUAACGGCUGAUGAGGGUCGUCGUGGUGGCAAAUCUGUUCGAUUAAAGAAGAUUGCAGACGAAGCACUAAAGGAGUGUCCUGAUGUCAAGAGCGUGAUUGUGUAUCAACGAACUGGAAACCCUGAUGUGGCAAUGACACCGGGUCGUGAUGUAUACUGGAACGAAGAGAUUGCCACUCAAAGACCAGUAUGUCCUGCUGAGAGUAUGGAUUCUGAGGAUCCACUUUUCAUGCUAUACACGUCAGGAAGUACAGGAAAACCGAAGGGUGUGGUUCACACAACAGGGGGCUACCUGAUGAGCGUUGCAGCUACCUCCAAAUACGUCUUUGAUUUGCAUGAAGGUGAUCGUCAUGCUUGUAUGGCUGAUGUUGGAUGGAUUACUGGCCAUUCUUACAUCGUCUAUGGUCCAUUGGCUUGUGGAGUCACUACAUUCUUGUUUGAAUCGAUACCAACAUAUCCAGAUGGAUCAAGAUACUGGCAAUGUAUUCAAGAUCACAAGCUGACACAAUUCUACACGGCACCUACCGCCAUCCGUGCUCUAAGACCUCUAGGCGACGACCUCAUCACCCCAUACGACCUAUCAUCACUGCGAGUCCUCGGAUCUGUCGGUGAACCAAUCAAUCCCGAGACUUGGCUGUGGUACUACAACAUGGUUGGUCGAGGAACAGCAGCAGUAGUCGACACUUACUGGCAAACUGAAACUGGAUCCAUCAUCCUUACACCACUGCCUGGUUCUCAUGCCGUCAAACCUGGUUCUGCUACUCUACCAUUCUUUGGUAUUGAGCCAGUUAUUUUGGAGCCCACCACUGGUGCAGAGUUGAAGGGUGAAGCUACUGGCGUGUUGGCAUUGAAGGGGACAUUCCCUUCUGUAGCUAGGACCAUUCAUGGAGACCAUGGGAGAUAUCAUGAUGUAUACAUGAAGCCUUACAAAGGAUUCUACUUCACCGGUGAUGGUGUUUCUCGAGAUCACGAUGGAUACUACUGGAUUCGUGGACGUGUUGAUGAUGUCAUCAACGUAUCUGGCCAUCGUAUGAGUACAGCUGAAGUUGAAAGUGCUCUUGUGGCGCACCCUGGCUGUGCUGAGGCUGCUGUGGUUGGAAUUCCAGAUGAUGUGACUGGACAAGCACUUGUUUGCUUCUGUACACCCAAGUCACAUCAUAUUGGUGCUUCUGACCUUGAAAAGGGGCUGUCUGCUCAAGUGCGCACUACCAUUGGUCCAUUUGCGACACCGAAACGUGUGGUUGUCACUCCUGAUCUUCCAAAGACUCGAAGUGGGAAGAUUAUGAGAAGGGUGUUGCGAAAGAUCGCUUCUAUGGAAGUUACCAAAGCUGAUCUGGCCGACCCAGAACGUAUACGAGCAGUCUUAGGAGACACGAGUACACUUGCAGAUCCUGGGGUUAUCGAUAUAUUGGUUGAGAAAAUGUCGCAUUAA